AUCUAUCCCGUCUAUUUCUUGAACACAAAGACAACUCUUUCGAAACUACAAAUUCCCACAGAAAACCCCCAAAUCUCAAAUCCCUAAUUCCGCCUCUCAACGAUGGGUCAAGGUACACCCGGCGGCCUCAAUCGGCAACUCCCCGACCGUAAAAACGACGGCGAUAAGAAGGAGAAGAAAUUCGAACCAGCGGCUCCACCGGCUCGCGUCGGCCGCAAGCAGCGGAAGCAGAAGGGCCCCGAUGCGGCGGCUCGGAUUCCAACGGUGACGCCUCUGACCAAGUGCAAGCUUCGAUUUUUGAAGCUGGAGCGAAUCAAGGACUAUCUGUUGAUGGAGGAGGAGUUCGUGGCCAAUCAGGAGAGAUUGAAGCCCCAGGAGGAGAAGACGGAGGAGGAUCGAUCCAAAGUCGAUGACUUGCGAGGCUCGCCGAUGAGUGUCGGGAACCUCGAAGAGCUGAUUGACGAGAACCACGCGAUUGUUUCCUCGUCGGUCGGGCCGGAGUAUUACGUUGGGAUCUUGUCGUUUGUUGAUAAGGAUCAACUCGAGCCUGGAUGUGCGAUUCUUAUGCACAAUAAGGUUCUUUCUGUUGUUGGGCUGCUUCAAGAUGAUGUGGACCCCAUGGUAUCUGUGAUGAAGGUGGAGAAGGCUCCGUUGGAGUCCUAUGCUGAUAUAGGUGGUCUCGAUGCUCAGAUCCAGGAGAUCAAGGAGGCCGUUGAGCUUCCAUUAACACACCCUGAAUUAUAUGAAGAUAUUGGUAUUAAACCCCCCAAGGGUGUCAUACUCUACGGAGAGCCUGGAACUGGAAAAACAUUGCUUGCGAAGGCUGUGGCAAAUUCUACAUCAGCAACUUUCCUGCGUGUUGUUGGUAGUGAAUUGAUUCAGAAGUACCUAGGAGAUGGCCCUAAGUUGGUAAGAGAACUCUUUAGAGUUGCUGAUGACCUCUCACCAUCUAUCGUCUUCAUUGACGAAAUUGAUGCCGUGGGUACAAAAAGGUACGAUGCCCACUCAGGGGGUGAGCGUGAAAUUCAGAGGACAAUGUUGGAGUUGCUGAAUCAAUUGGAUGGAUUCGAUUCAAGAGGCGAUGUGAAAGUGAUUCUCGCAACAAACAAAAUUGAAAGCCUUGAUCCUGCUCUCCUCAGGCCUGGUCGAAUAGAUAGGAAAAUUGAAUUUCCACUCCCAGAUAUCAAGACAAAGAGAAGGAUUUUCCAGAUACACACAUCAAGGAUGACAUUGUCUGAUGAUGUCAACCUGGAAGAAUUUGUUAUGACAAAGGACGAGUUCUCUGGAGCUGAUAUCAAGGCUAUCUGCACUGAAGCUGGUCUGCAUGCUCUCCGAGAGCGUCGAAUGAAGGUGACACAUGCAGAUUUCAAGAAAGCUAAGGACAAGGUCAUGUUCAAGAAGAAAGAAGGCGUACCGGAGGGUCUCUAUAUGUGAUGACACUAUCGAGUUCCCUUUGGACUUAGAUUGGUGUCACUUUUUUCAAUUUCUUGAAUUUGUUUUUGUCUGUGUUUUUCUUUAAAAGCUUCAAGAACUAAUGUGAUGUGAUUCGAUCUCGAUAGCCUUUAUUUAUUUCAUGAGCUUGUUAAACUUUCACUUAGUUUGCUUGGAAAUGACAUCUUUAGCUUCUGUCU